AUGAGUUCAAGGUCGUCGUUGUGGUUGGAGACAGCAAGCCAGGAUUGCCUUCAUGAAUUUGGUCACAAAGUGUCUUCCCUUGACGAGUUCGAACUACCAGUGAAAGAACUAGCCAAAGCUGUGGCUUUCUUGCACUAUGACUUCGCGUCGCUCGAGGCUGCCGAACAGCUCGUCAACAGCCCAAACAACAACGACGAUUAUCACGACCAGGAUGGCGCUUUCAGUGUUGCGGCCGUCUUUGAUGCAGCAGUCAGCCAGGGUAUUCAACGACGGGACCAGAGUGUGAUCCUUCAAGACCCCGUGGCCCAGGCUCAAGUCCAACAAGUCUUGACUUCGGUACUCGAUGCUCUCCUACGCAUCCCUGAUUUUGGGACCCUCCGCACCCUCCACACCCUCCACAACGCAUUGCUUCGUCGCCGGGAAACGGAUCGGGGUGCAACAGUCAUGAUCCAGGCAGCCGCUCGUGGAUAUUCGGACCGUCGAAUGGACAGUCGGGUUUCCAAGAAGAUACUCUUUUCCAGUCAGGCGCUGAAGGCACUGUUCGGGACUACCGCCUUCCAAACCUUUUUCAACAAAGUGGCCGUGGCGAAUCAUGAUCCCAAGAAGCUUCGCAUGACCUGGCUGGAAGGUUUGGCAUUGGAGAUGAUCCAAGAAGCUGUGCCCCAACUGUGCGGUCACGUUUCCGGACGCCGGCCUUUCGCAUGA